AUUUAAAAGAGUUUUGGCCUUUGAGAAACAUUCUGUGUUUGUUCUUCAGCUUCUGCAGGGUGAGCGCGUUUUUGGAUUUUCGGAAUCGGUGGGUUCUUGCUUAAUCAAUACAUAUCUUUAAAACGAUUCUGGUUUCAUAAUUGGUUCAAUGCCUUCUGUUAACUCUUCUCAGUGGCAGGAGAAGGCUAGUGGUUUUUUUUCUUCAUCAGGAGUAAAGCUGAAAGAAGCUGGACAAUCAGCUGGAACUUUUGUUGAGGGAGUUGCAAAGGAUGCAAAAGGAAAUGCUGCUGAUGUGGCUGAACGGGUUGGUUCUUUGUUCAAGAGUCGUUGGGCACUCCUCCAGCAGCCAGCUACAAGACAUGCUGUGCAAGAACGUCUAAUAUCUGCUGCUGCUACUACUGGCACAUUCUUCAGAAAAGGCGUGUCAGAGACGAAGGACAAAGUCGUCGUGGGGAAAGUUAAAGUUGAAGAGGUUGCAAAAAAGACUGCACAAAAGAGCAAGACAAUUUUGACAGAUAUUGAACGAUGGCAGAAGGGGGUAGCCAGUACUGAUGUGUUUGGAGUUUCAAUUGAGGUAACUGUACAAAGACAACAGUCAAGCAGGGUCAUUCCACAUAUUUUGGUUAGGUGUGCCGAUUAUCUCGUCUUGUCAGGGUUAAACUCACCAUGCUUGUUCAAAUCUGACGGAGAUAAAAGGGUUCUUCAGCAGUUGGUGUCAAUGUAUAAUCAAGAUCCCAAUGCCCCCUUACCUGAGGGUACAAAUCCAGUUGAUGUAGCAGCUCUAGCUAAAUGUUACCUGGCCAGUCUUCCUGAGCCACUGGUCACGUUUGAGCUUUAUAAUGAGAUCAGGGGUGCUCGUACAAGCAUAAAUGCCCUACGAAACGUUUUUAAGAAACUUCCAAACGUGAACUACAUGACCUUGGAGUUUACUACUGCCCUACUUCUCCGCAUUAGCCAAAAAGCACUGCUGAAUAAGAUGGAUGCUCGUAGCCUUUCUAUGGAGAUGACUCCUAUAAUAAUGUGGCAAAACGACAAGCGGCCAGAGUUUUAUCGGGAAUAUUGGGAUUAUCAUUCUAAAAGCUCUUCUGCAAAGUCCUUAAAUAAUACACCACCUACUUACAGUGCAUGGGACAUGCUUUCAGAAGAGAGUGAUGAUACAGAUGCUUCCUCUCACAUUCCUUUGGAUGAUGCCAUACCAGUUGACUUCAGUGCCGUCGAGGUCAUUCAGUGCCUCAUAGAACAUCAUAAUGAAAUUUUUACUGAUGCUAAUGAAACAAUUUGGAGAUAAAUCAGCAGCACCUAUUUCCUCAGGCACCAAUUAUUCUUGGAUGAAUUCUGAUACAAGUUUAUCUCUUAGAGGAAGAUUUAGAUCUGAGAGUUGUUUUCUUAGUUCGAUUGACCAGGUAGGUAAAUUAAACUCGAAAUUUAUUCGCAUGUGAACAAUUAGCACAGUGAGAGAAACUACACUGUGAUGCACAGAAUGGAGCACAUUUAGGAUGCUUUAGUCAAUGUUUUCAAGUUUUCUUUUGUAAUAACCUACCGGGAUUUGCGUGGGUUUCAAUUUAUUGAUCUGAAGAUGGAUAUUUCAGUUGUACAUACAACUAAAACUGCUAUUAUAUUAAUUGUGUGAAUAAUAAUUCUAUUUACGACUGAAGAUUGACAUAA